UUUUGGGACUUUCGACCAAUGUGGCUUCUUGGAUCAGCUUCCCAGGUGAUGAUGAUGAUGGAUGAGCGCCUGUCUCCCUCCGCACGCUCCGUCCAGAGCCCGGGUGACAACCCGGCCACAAUCCACAGCAUAGACGCCAUACUGGGAUUUAAAGAGGACCAGCUCUUCCACAAGUCCGCUUGCUACGGCGUGACGGAGAAAGUCCUGGUGAAAGAUGCUGAGCGGAAUGUCAUUAUGUCUCCACUGAAGAAAAGUCAUUCUUCAGAAAGUUUUGACAGUGUUUGUUGUUCCGGCGGCGCCGCGGAAGCCUCGGUGUGCCCGGACUCUCCGGACGGAAAACUGUCGGAUGACGAUAGCUCGAAGAAGAAACACCGUCGUAACCGGACUACUUUCACCACCUUCCAGCUCCACGAACUGGAGAGAGCUUUCGAAAAGUCCCAUUACCCGGAUGUGUACAGCAGAGAGGAGCUCGCUCUGAAGGUCAACCUGCCGGAGGUCCGAGUGCAGGUGUGGUUUCAAAACCGACGGGCCAAGUGGCGUCGCCAGGAGAAGCUGGAGGUGAGCUCCAUCAAGCUGCAGGAAACCUCCUCCUCCCUGCUGUCCUUCAGCCGCUCCCCCAGCAGCUCCCUGGGCUCCAGUCUGCAGCUGGACCCCUGGCUCUCCACCUCCCUCACCACCUCCACCUCCCUGCAGUCCCUCCCCGGCUUCAUCACAGGCUCGCAGGGCCUCCCGGGCACUUACACCCCCUCUCCUCCACCCUCAAUGGCCUCUUCCAUGCCGGCUUCCUUCCUGGGACACAGCCAUCACCUGCCCCACAUGGGCUCCAUGUGCCCCCCACCCCCCGCCUACCACUGCUCUGCUGACCCCAGGAACACCAGCAUUGCUUCACUGAGGAUGAGGGCAAAGGAACAUAUUCAGUCUAUUGGGAAGACGUGGUGAUGAAGAGGGGAGGUAUCAAAUGGACCCAGAAUGCAUCAUGCUGCAUCUUUUGAGAAACGGACUCCUCAUGAUGACGGGAUUGUUAUUUUUGGAAGAGGGAAAACUGCAGGAUUAGAGACUCGUCACUAAUAAGGGUAAUAAUUUACUUCUCACUAUUUAGCAUUCAUAAGCAGGAUAUAAAUACUGAAUAAAUGAUUUAUAACACACUUCAAUAAAGUUGUAAGUGAAUACAAGAUACAACUAUAAUUCACGCCUGCCAGUAAGCUGAGGUAUUAACAGACACAAUUCAGUCUUUAUACUGUACAUAAUAAACACUUAAAAUGUCCUUGUGUCUAUUUACAAACACAUCAUGAUGUGUGUUUUUUGCUUAUGAAUGCUAAGGGAGACUUAGAGGAAAAUGUCACCCUUAAGAAACUCUUAGAUAUCAGAAAAUCUGUGAAAAUGACUGUGAAAUUCCUGUGAAAUGAUGAAAACUACACUGAUGAUCUGGUGCUUUCCUCUAUAAGCUGUUUUACUUUACAUUCAUUCAGCCCCAUCCCAUUGUUAUCCGUGUUACGUUGCCGAUAUAACAAAUCCAUUAUAA